GAUUGGCUCCAAGUAGAGCAACUCCUGGGGUUUACGAAGAGACAUCCUCUGAUUAAACAAGCCUUCUUACACUUGAGCUGCAAAAAAAAAACAAGAGUCGAAGAAGAGCAGAGUCUUAGAAUAAUGGGAGGUCAAUGCUCUAGCCUCGGUCGUUGUUGUCGGAACUCGUCACACAAGACAGCUGUUCUUGAAGCUCCUGAUGUUGAAAACGGAGAGAAUAGUGAGAUAACCGAUGUGCCUGGUUUCCGGGAGUACACACUAGAGCAGCUUAAGUCUGCCACUUCUGGUUUUGCUGUGGAGUAUAUUGUGUCUGAGCAUGGAGAAAAAGCUCCUAAUGUCGUCUAUAAAGGGAAACUCGAGAAUCAAAAGAAGAUUGCAGUCAAGCGUUUCACAAGAAUGGCGUGGCCUGAUGCACGGCAAUUUCUGAAACCAAGUGUGAUUUUUAUGGAACCAGGGGAAACACAACCUAUGAAAUGGACAAUGAGGCUACGAGUUGUUUUAUAUCUAGCACAAGCUCUUGAGUACUGCACCAACAAAGGGCGUAUUCUCUAUCACGACCUCAAUGCAUACCGCGUUUUAUUUGAUGAGGAAUGCAAUCCAAGACUUUCUACUUUUGGCCUGAUGAAGAAUAGUCGGGAUGGGAAAAGUUACAGCACAAAUCUUGCUUUCACCCCUCCUGAAUAUCUACGAACUGGGAGAAUCACGCCAGAGAGUGUGAUAUACAGCUUCGGCACUCUUCUGCUUGACCUUCUCAGUGGAAAACAUAUACCUCCUAGCCAUGCCCUUGAUCUGAUUAGAGACAGGAAUCUCCAGACGCUAACUGAUUCUUGCCUAGAUGGGCAAUUUUCUGACAGCGAUGGCACGGAGUUAGUACGUCUUGCGUCUCGCUGUCUGCAGUACGAAGCUCGUGAGAGGCCAAACCCAAAAUCGUUGGUCACUGCCCUGACGCCUCUUCAGAAAGACACAGAGGUCCCAUCCCAUGUGCUAAUGGGCCUGCCUCACAGUAGUUCGGUGUCUCCUCUGUCCCCUCUUGGCGAGGCUUGUUCAAGAAGGGAUCUGACAGCUAUGCUUGAGGUCUUGGAUAAACUUGGAUACAAAGACGACGAAGGUGUCACUAAUGAGCUAUCGUUUCAAAUGUGGACGGACCAGAUGCAAGAAAGCCUGUGUUACCUAAUGAGUGACAUGCCCAAAGAAGCUCUAGAUGAUGCAAUUCAAGCCCAAGUGAUCUCUCCCGUGUGGCACGUGGCGUCUUAUCUCCAGUCUGCUUCCCUUGCCUUUUUGGGAAUGGAGAACGAAUCUCAAAUCGCACUUAAAGAGGGCUCGAACCUUGAAGCUAAGAGGAAUUCAGCUUCACAAGUGAAAGAUGAAAGAACAUCUUUAUACCAAAGUAUAAGGCGUUUAAAUCUUUUGAGCACAAGGAUGGGAGAAACACUCGAGAGCGAUGCAAAACUAGACCCAAAUGGAUGGUUGUGUGGCAUUGAAGGAGUCAUUUCCUUUAUUGGCUUUGAAAUCCAAUUUCCUGAACUAUAUGUAUUGGGGAGCAAUAUCACAUCCCCAGUGGCAAAAUGUUUAGGCUGUGUUGAG